AUGCCAGCAACAACCAGUCAAGUUCGGUUUCGCAGCAACCGAUCGCGGCGAGGUCUCUACGAUGGCAAGGACGUUCGUACGGGUAACAAUGUAUCCUUUAGUAUGAGAGCCACCAAGCGCACGUUCAAGCCUAAUGUGAUGAUUAAACGCGUGUAUUCGGAAAUUUUGGACGAGAUGGUGAAGUUCCAUUUGACCACGUCGACGCUGCGAUCCAUCGACAAGGCUGGCGGUCUGGACAAUUAUCUGUUGAAGAACGAAUAUAAAGAA